AUGAAGUUGACUCAUUUUAUUCCAUGUAAAUCACUUAUCGUGUUAUUAUUGUUAUUAUUUCUAGUUUAUUUGUUAAAAAUUCAGUGUGAAUUAAAUAUUUGCACUGGUGAUAAAAAUGUAUCCUAUUAUGCUGAACCAGAGAAAUGUUAUCCAACACAAUCUGAUUUAGCUCAACAACGUCAUAUAGUUAAACUUAUUCAACGUGAUCAAUAUACAAGUUUAGAAUUAGUCUGUCAUAUAUGCCCUGAUGAAAAUAUAUCAAAUUUUCAAUGGUUUCGUAUACCUCGUCAUAAAUAUGAUAAGUCAAUUUUUAAACUUGACGCCGAAACAUUUUACAAUAGUAAAUGGAUACUUGAUGAAAGUUUGUUUGAACCAGUGAAUAGUGUUUUACAAACUAAUGACCCGUGUAUUAUAAGCGCUACAAAUGAAUUAGUAUUUACACGAUUUAAUCCAUACAGUGAUUCAGGUACUUAUGUAUGCCGUUCACUAAAUGAAACAAACCAUCCAUUAAAUUUUAUCUGGUAUCAUAUUGAUUAUAUUAAUUCAUAUGAAGAAGUAUCACAUCGAAUGGAUAUGCCACCAGUUAUACGUCAAAUGGAUAAAUCUGUUAAUUCUUAUCAUGAAUUAGAAGAAUUACAAAAAAAAGUUGAAGAUGAAAUCAAUCUAUCUGAUGAUUUUCACGAUCAACAGUUUAAUCUAUUGCAUAUUACAUCAAAAUCAUUUAAUAAUUUAACACAUCAAGAAGAAUGUGGUCCUGUUGUUAUAAGACAAAAUCGUGUCUGUUAUAUAAAUAUUCCAAGAAGACUAACAGAUGAUGAUAUUAGUAUUUAUACAGAAGAAAUUCAAUUACUUUAUCUUGUUUUAUUGAAUGCAUUCAGUGAAUUUGGACAAUUCUAUGAUGAUAAAGAACAAUCAAUUAUAUGGCCUUUACUUGAAAAAUCAGCUAAAAAUUCAGCUAUUGUAUUAGGUUUUAAAUUAUUUAUGGAUGAAAAUAAUCUAUACAUCCCGUGUCAAUAUAAUCUUUUUAAACAGCUACCUAAUUUAGAAGGGAAAUUUAAACCACUGGACAUAUUCAAUUUACAUAUUACAAUAACAUAUGAUAUAAGUUGUGGUGAAUCAAAUGCUAUAGAAAUGGUUAAUUUAGCUUUACAACGUGAUAUUUCUAAAAUGAAAUUAAAUAUUCUAGGUUAUAGUGAUAUUAGAUUUAUGAAACUUGAAAAAUUGUCAAUUGAACAUGAAGCCUAUUUAAAGCUAGAUUGUCGUAUUACUGAUGCCUAUGUAUGUGAUUAUAAUUAUUAUCCAAUUAUCUGGCGUACAAAAAAUCAAACAUUCUAUCGGCGUACAAUAUUACACGAAAGAAUUUAUAUGAAUGAAGCUUGUGAAUUAAUUAUUCUUGAUGUAAGACUAAAUGAUUCUGAUGUAUACAGUUGUUAUACAAGAGAUACACGUCAACCGACUAAAUGGCAUCCUCAACCAAAAUUAUCAUAUUCAUUAAAAAUUCAAAAAUCUCAUUAUAAAUGGCCUGGAGAAAAUGAUAUAUUAAUUGGUUUAAUAUUUCUUAUAAUAUGGAGUAUAUUUAUUAUUAUUAUAUGGUUGAUAUUAAUGAUUUAUAAUCUACAUAUUACACAUGAAUCAAAAAUAGUAGCAAAUGAACGAAUGAGAAAUAUUGAACGAUUAGAACGUAUUAAAAAGGAAAGAUUUAAAAAUUACUCGUCUAUUUAA